GGAGUAACCUGACUUUCUACAACCUGUCGAGAGAAGAUAACGGGAGAACAGUGAAGUGCAGGGCCAGCAACGAUUACACAGAUAACAGGCGGCCUGUUGAUGAUGCUACUUUUGUCCUACAGGUCUACUAUGAACCUGUCGUCAGCUUCACACAUGUUUUUGAUGGCAAUGAUUGUGUUGAGGUCUCCAGCCUGUCUGAUUACAAACAGUGUGUUGUUGCCGAAGGAAAGAGGGUUCACAUCAACUGUACUGCUGACAGCAACCCAUCCCCUUUAUCAUUCCGGUGGCUGAGUGAAAACAAAGAUGUCUACUCUAACUCAAGCGAGCUGCUAAUUACAUCUGCUAACCACACCAUCCACAACGGUGACUACAACUGUACGGUGGUCACGAAACAAGUGAACAACGACAGCCGCUUACCUCUAACAUCUUUUGCCAUACUGACUGUUAUUGUUGGUUACUCUCCCAGUGUCCUGGACUUUACCAUAAACAACGUGGACAACAUGACUGUGAAUGUUCAGGAGAAAUCUCGUGUGGACAUGCAGUGCCUUUGUGAUGGCAGACCUGCUCCGAGCAUUCGACUCACUAACUUAACAAAUCCAGAACAACCUUUAAGCCAAAGUCAACCUACAGACAUCUCUGCUAACGAGCAGAGUUCAAAGGUCAAAUUCAGCAUUGAGCAAGUUCCAUGUGAAGCUUCCGGUGUCUACAGAUGUGAUGUCAACAACAGUCUUGGACAGGACAGUCAGAGUCGCACGUUACUUGUGUAUUGUGCUCCCAGAAAUGCUGAUUUUGAUGGAAGUCCCCCAACAGUCGUUUCAAUAAAUAGUAAAGGACAUUUCAGUUUUAAAUUGACUGCUUACCCCACACCAGUGGUCCAGAAAUUAAUUUAUCUUGGCACUAAUGAAAAUUCUGAUGGACAUCUCGCGAAGGAAAACAGUAUUUCUGUGGAAUGUACUGGAAGCUGGUUGGCUCCUGCUACAGUCAUCUGCACUAUCAGAGUUGUGAACAUAACACACCAAGAUGAAGGUUUCUACAAAGUUGAUUUGAGUAACAGUGAGGGAGAAAUGUCUGUCAUCUUCUCUGUCAAACAAGCGACGUUAGACGAGGAUCAGCCAGCAACAACAACCAAGACAGACGACAAAGCAAUAAUCGCCGGGCUGGCCGUGGUGUUGGCAGUUGUCGUUGUUGUAAUUAUCGCUUUUGUCGUCUGGAUGUGGCGACGGGGAUGGAUGCUACCUUGUGCUAGAGAUGGUGUCAACGAUAGAGGUCAACACCAAAACCAGACGAAUGGUGACUCAUCAGAUCAACGCCUAUCUUCGGCGAUUUCAAAAGCCUGCACCUCAAGAGAAGUCGUAGCACAAGAAGCUUCGCUGUAUGCCGGAUUAAAAAUGCAGGAUGUAGGCAAGAGGUCCCACUAUGAAGAGAUCCAGCGAUACCAGAAUGCACCGGCAAUGUCGCCGUACGAAGUUGUGAGUGACACAUCGGGCACAGAGAAAGAAGAAUACAGCUACGUUAACUAAGAUGGAAUGAUUUCUGUAAAUUCUGUUUCUUAUGAAACUUAAUGACUAAUGCAAUCUUGCUUGAUCUUCAAAAAGUUACUUUCUGUAAAUUUAGCCAAACGUCUUUUUUUCACCUCAUUACCUUAUAAAUGUCAACAGAAACAAAAAGAAAGAGAAACCUGAGAAAAACAAUGAUAAUGAGGAUAUAUUUAUAUAUACGGUGACUACUGUUGCAGUACUAUGAAUUAUAAGAAGUGUAGACUACUUAUUAGAUUAGCAGGUACGUUUUAUACAAACAUGAAAUCGUAUAUUUAAUAUAUAUAUAUAUAUUCAACCAUUUAUCUUUGCCUUUU